AAGCUCCAACAGCAACAACUCCCAUAAAAAAAAAUCUUUAUCUCCUAAUAACAACAAGCAAACUUUUUUCUUAAAAUGGUCCACGAGUUCUUCGAUCUUUCAAAAGCCGCUGAUUUCCAGGCCCUCAGUCUCAAGAAGGAUAGCACCUUUGAAGUGCGCUACUUUGAUCUCCACGGUAUGGGCGGACCCACCCGUAUCAUCCUCGCUAUCUCUGGCGCCAAGUUUGUUAAUAUCCUUCCUGGUGAUAAUUGGGAAAGCGACAAGGCCAAGACUCCAUUCGGCCUCAUGCCUUUGCUCAAGGAGACUUCAGCUGAUGGAAAGACUUUCAUCCAGAUUGCAGAGUCCGAUUCGAUUGAACGUUACUUGGCUCGCAAAUUUGAUCUCUAUGGUGCUAAUGCAUUAGAAGAGACCAUCAUCAACACAUAUGUCUCUCAAGCCAACGAUGUGACCAGUCAGAUCUAUUCCAGGUACUAUCCUGCUAAGGAUGAUAAAGAGGCUCAGGAGAAGAUUAGGAAGCAAUUAGUCGAGGGCGCUAUCUCCAACUGGAUUAAACACCAUGAACGCCAUUUACAGGACAAUGGAGCCAAUGGUCAUUUCAUCAGCAACAAGCUGACUUUGGCCGAUAUCAAAGCUGCUUACUUGAUCCCCCUUCUUGAACAUAUCUCUGCAAAGGAAGGUUUGAUCUCGCCUGAGAAGACUCCCGCUAUCUUGAAGGUCAAGGAGACUGUUGAUUCGAUCCCUUCUCUGAAGGCUUGGAGAGAAAGCGAGGAGUACCAGAGCUUUAUCCAGGGCAAUAUCAACUGGCUCGGUUUCCCUGGCUCGAAAUAA